AUGUACAGGAAGAUCGUCUGCGAGAAGCUGUCUACCAACUUCCGCGAGUGCACUAGAAUCAUGACUGCUCCCCUACCCAAGGUGAGAACCUCUCGACGUACUCGUCGCGCUCCCUGUGAACAAUCUCAUCAUGUCCUCGGGUGCUCCCCACAGGCGUUGAACUCGGGCAGCAUCCUCGUCAAGAACGAAUGGUGCGGCAUCAAUGCGUCAGACAUCAACUUCACAAACGGCAAGUACAUGCCGGGGGUGAAGCCGCCGUUCGAUUGUGGUUUCGAAGCCAUGGGGAAAGUUGCAAAGGUGGGCGAGAAUGUUACGAAGCUGAAGGAAGGCGACAGCGUCGUGUACACUUCUUUCGGAGCCUUCUCUGAGUACCAGGAGAUCGAUGCAAGAGCAGCAGUUUCGCUCCCUAAGAUCAUGCCUGAGGCUCUUCCUCUCUUCGUCAGCGGCUUGACGGCCUCGAUUGCCCUCGAGCAAGUGGGAGAGAUCAAGAAGGACGAGAUAGUGCUCGUGACAGCAGCCGCAGGUGGCACGGGAUCGUUUGCAGUGCAACUUGCGAAGCAGGCGGGCUGCCAUGUCAUUGGAACCUGCAGCAGCGACGAGAAAGUUGAGGCUCUGAAAGCCCUCGGCUGUGAUCGCCCAGUGAACUACAAGAAGGAGGAUCUGUUCCAGGUUCUAAGGUCUGAGUACUCGGACGGAGUGAAUGUAGUAUAUGAGAGCGUCGGAGCUUCGUUCUUCGACAUUGCGUUGAACAACCUUGCCAAGAAAGGAUGGUCGCAGGAGGGUGGGGAAAAGAAGCCGAGCACACCCAUCACAGCCAAACUUCUAGGGAAGUCUGCGAGUAUCCGAGGCUUCUUCCUCAACGACUACACGCGCGAAUGGAAGCCGCACAUGGCCAAGCUCCUUCAGAUGACUCAAGAGGGCAAGUUAAAGUCUCUUGUGGAUCAACAAGCUUGCAAGCAGUUCAACGGCCUUGAAUCCAUCCCAGAUGCCAUCGAGUACAUGUACGAGGGGAAAAACAUCGGAAAGGUUUUGGUGAAGUUGUGAGGAUUGAGAUGCUUCAUGUAUAGCUCCAAACGUGAAGAUUUAUUGCUGCGUCCUGGCACAAUUAUGUCCAUACUCAGUUGUAUUUGAGUACACCCGGAAUGCUUUCGAAGGGCAAGGACAGCCGAGAAGGAUGAGCCAUUCACCAUCACCCUGAUGAUGUCAGGAACAGAUCAUCUACUUCUUCUUAGAUCGCUUUCCUUGUCCUUUCUUCGGAGGGCCCUUUCCACGUCGACGUAACCUCGCUAACUGAGCUUGCCUCCUCUCGACAAACGGAUCUUUGUACCCGUCUUGAUUGUGAACCGGCAGCGGUCUGAAGUAGGAAGCCAGUUUUCCUUUGAUGGUGCUCUUCAUGAAAAUCUUUCUGAUACUUCUUGUGUGUGGAUCACUGAAACGAGCAGUCCCAAAGAUUUCAACCACAGCACUGGCAGUUGCAGGAUCCUGAGGUAGAGCUGGGUUCUUCGCCCUCGCCAUGUGUGUGGGUGCGUAGUGAGAUCCAGAAAAAUUCUUGUAGGAUCUGCAUGUCUGGUUUGCUGACUGAAACCCCAAAGCACCAGCCCCCUGAACUCUGCCGAACAGCCCAGCAGCUGCAAGAGGAAAUCGUACUCUGCAUCCAGAACUCAAAGAGGUGGAGAACGUAACUAACCCCCUCCUAGCAUCGAGGGUCUGGCUCGCUUCCUUCAAGCCACCAGCAUCUUUUCCCCAGGCCAUCAAUCGCCCCAUGCUUGGCACCAUCCUCCCAAGCCCCGCGCGCAGCAACCCUAGCCGCUGCAUGCUCGUCGCCUCGCU